UGUUUCCCAUUUAAACAAACACAGUGGUGAAGAUGGCGGAGAGUUAAUGGGGACAAGAAAGAAACUGGUGUAACCUACUCAAUGAAUGCGUUGAAGCGGGUGCUGAUAUGUGCUGAGGAUGAGUGGCGUGGCAGACAACUCCAUGGCGCCCAUGUGCUCCGAACGGAAACGCAAGAUCUCCACCUGUGAUACACCAGGCCUUGGGUGUGACAAGCGCAGAAGGGAGCAGGAGAGUAAAUACAUCGAGGAGCUGGCCGAGCUGAUCUCUGCCAACCUCAGCAACAUGGUCAGCUUCAACGUGAAGCCAGACAAAUGUGCCAUCCUCAAGGAAACCGUCCGGCAGAUUAGGCAAAUCAAAGAGCAAGGGAAGAGUUCAUGCAGCGAUGACGACGUCCAGAAGGCAGAUGUGUCUUCCACUGGUCAAGGGGUCAUUGACAAGGACCAUCUGGGACCGCUGCUACUACAGGCCCUGGAUGGGUUUCUGUUUGUGGUGAACCGGAAGGGCAGUGUCGUGUUUGUGUCUGACAACGUGACCCAGUACCUACAGUACAAACAGGAGGAGCUCAUCAAUACCUCUGUCUACAACAUCCUCCAUGAGGAUGACCGGGAGCAGCUGCACAAGAACCUGCCCAAGAACAACCCACCCAAUGGUGGGUCAUGGGGAGGAGAGGCACUGCGACAGAAGAGCCACACCUUUAACUGCCGUAUGCUGGUGAAAUACGGUCACGGACAGAACCAUCAGAACCAUGGGCAGUCUGAGGGUCCCAACAGGCAGCGAUACGAGACCAUGCAGUGCUUUGCCCUGACCCAGCCCCGUGCCAUGAUGGAGGAAGAAGACCUGCAGUCGUGUAUGAUCUGCGUGGCCCGUCGCGUCAAUGCAGUGGAGAGGACCGAGAGGUUCAGCACCCGUCAUGAGCUCUCAGGUAAACUGAUAGAGAUCGAACAGCAGAGUUCUCUCCACACUACCAUGCAUCCAGGCUGGGAGGAUCUGGUGAGGCGCUGCAUGCAAAUGUUCCUCCAUCGCAGUGAGGGCCAGCCCUGGUCCUACAAACGUCACUACCAGGAGGCCUUUCUGCAUGGCCGUGCCGAGACGCCAUCUUACCGGUUCUCUCUCUCCGACGGCACCCCGGUCACUGCUCAAACCAGGAGCGAACUGUGUCGUAACCACAUCUCCAAUGAGCCACCCACCUUCCUUUCUACCCACCUGCUACAGAGGGAGCAGAAUGGCUUCCAAACCAACCAGGGGGGUGUGAUGAGGCACCAGGGCAUGGGCCUCUCCAACACCCAGAUGAACAUGGCUCCUGGGGGCAUGGGUGGCAUGAAUAGGGGCUUCGGCACGGGGGCAGAGCAGGGGCACAUGGGUCAAAGAGCCGGGCCCCCGUAUGCAGCUGGCAACAGGAUGAACUGUAUUAAUCAGACUAACUCGAUUAAUCAAAUUAACCCUUCGAUACAUCAAAUGAACUCUCAAAUGAAUUCAAUGAACAAUAUGAGUCAUAUUAAUUCCAUUAAUCAAACAAACUCCAUGCAUCCAAUGAGCUCUCAGAUGAAUUCCAUGAACCAGAUUAAUUCUAUGAGUCAGAUGAACCAGAUAAAUCGGAUGAACCAGAGGAGUCAGAUGAGCCUCCCUGGAAUGCAUCAGCAGCAUCUACAGCAUCCUCAGCAGCAGCAGGCCCCAUUCCAUGGAGCGGGGUACAGCAUGGGGGCCAUGACUAGCCCCCCUCAGGGCAGUCCAGGUAUGAAUGCCCCCCAGCAGAACAUCAUGGGCUCCCCUAGAGUAAGGGGGAGCCCCAAAAUGUGCGCUAGCCCCUUCUCCCCAGGAGGUAUGCACUCUCCCAUGAGCUCGGGUCACCCAGGGGGGUCUGGAGUUAGCACUGGCUUCUCCAGCAGCUCCCUAAAUGCCCUCCAGGCCAUCAGUGAGGGGGUGGGCACCUCUCUACCUGCACUCACCUCUCCCCCCGCACACAAGACUGACAGCUCCCCAAGCGUCAACUCUACCCAGCAGGGACAAAGCCAGUGGCAGGGCACGGUCUGUAAACCAGGCAGUUCAGACUCCAAGAGCCCGAGUAGCUCACUGGCCAGUGGAGGGGAGCAGCAGCAGCAACACACCCCCACCACAGAGGGGACCUCAGACAAGCCAGACAGCCAGGCCAACAGGGAGGGCCCAGCCUGGGGAGAAGCCAACCGACGGGUCCCUGACAACAAGGGGGGCCAUAAGAAGCUCCUGCAGCUCCUCACCUCCCCUACAGAGGAGCUGGUGCCCCAUAACCCCCAGGCUGGCCCAGUCACCACCCCCAUGGGCUCUGAGGCCAAGGACGACAUGCAGGGUAUGCCCAGCCCCUCCACGGGUGUGUCGUCCUCCACUGCUGCAGUGGGACAGCAAGGCCUAGGAACAGGGGCUGCAGCAGCACACUUUUCCAACCAGUCCCUGCAGGAGAAGCACAAGAUACUCCACAAGCUGCUGCAGAAUGGCAACACCCCAGAUGAGGUGGCCCGUAUCACAGCUGAGGCCACGGGAAAGGUCGCUGAUGGUGGUCCAGAGGCUGGGCCAGGAGGUCCAGGAUUGGGGCCAGGAGCAAGGGGGGCUGAGAUGAAGCAAGAGCAGCACAGCCCCAAGAAGGAGAAGACCCAUGCCCUCCUCCACUACCUCCUCAACAAGGAUGACUCUGAAGGGGCAAGGAGUGAUGUCAAGCCAAAGCUGGAUGACCUAGAGGGGAGGGGAGCCUCAGGGGUCACAACCUCUGAACCCAACCCCAUGGUGGGGAAGGUCAAGACUGAACCACCUGAUGAGUUGGAAACCCUGGAGACAAUUCUUGGAGGCUGCAGGAACGCCAGCUCUGGGUUUUAUCCCGAGCCCGACUCCAGAGCAGGAAAAGGGGGAAACCAGCGGGGAAGUGGCCCAGACAGUUUACAUGAUGGGGGGAAAGGAGCCAUGAUGUCUGCCCAGCGUGGUCCCCUCCAAAGGGCUCUGUCAUUGGACGCUAGGCCCCUGGAUGGUGGUGGAGGUCUGGCAGGGAGGAGGAACGUCCCCUGCCCCACCCUCAUCAAACUGGAGAACAUGGAGGCCCCUAUCCGGUCAGGCAUAACCAACGGUUUUCCAGGACCUGGAGGCAUGGGAGGUAUGAACAGGGCUAUGGGGAUGCCACAGCGGCCCUCCAUGGCAGGGCAAGGUGACUGGGGGAUGCCAAGGUCCAGUGGCAGUCCUGUGGGGGCACCAGGACACCCCUUAAUGGGACGGCCAGGGAUGGACUUCAACUCCAAGGGCAUAAUGAGAGGCCCCUUGGUCAACCGAUCCAAUAGUUUACCUGGCAACACCAGGUCUAUGCUGAAGCAGCAACUCAUGGAAAUGGCUUCCAAUGAGGUGAAUAUGGGGAUGAGUCCCUUCAGUGGGCAGGGUCCUCCACCUCACUCCCCCUCCUGGCCUGACAGUGCCAUGGGAAUGGACAGACCACCCACUAAUACAAAUAGGCGUCAGUUUGGGAACCCCCUGGAUGAGCUCCUGGUUCCGCCCUCCACCAGCCAGGGGCAGAGUGAUGAGCUGGCGCUGCUGGACCAGCUGGACUCUCUGCUCAACAACACUGAUGUUAUCGCCCUGGAGGAAAUCGACCGGGCCCUGGGCAUCCCCGACCUCGUAGGACAGACUCAGGGUCCAGAGCAGCAGCCACAGCCAGGUCCGGGGCGGAGGCACCCAUCCGAGCCCUUCGCUGGCCCAGGACCAGACACCUCCAUGGGGAUGGAGCAGAAGCCCAUGUAUAGCCAGGGGUACCCAGGACCCCCCUCUAUGGGCAUACAGUCAGCCUAUGGGGGUAACCCCAUGCAGGGCCAGUCCCCUGCUGGUUUCAACCACAUGAUGAACCAGAUGGGGGGCCAGCAAGGCUCAGGGGGCUUCCCUGGCAUGGGGGAGAUUGGCCACCCCCGCGCCAACAUGAGACCCCGCAUGAUGAGUGCCAUCAAGCCCCUUAGACAGCAGCUGGUGCAGAGGUUACAGGGCCAGCAGUUCAUGAACCAGACCCGUCAGGGUAUGGGCAUCAAGAUGGAGAAUACCCCUACAGGAAACCCUGCGUUGCGGCCUGGGAUGCAGCCCAGUAUGGGGAGUCAGCCUGGAUUCCUGAAUGCUCAGAUGAUGGCUCAGCGCAGCAGAGAGAUGAUGACACUACAGAUGAGGAGACAGAGGAUGAUGAUGCUGAUGCAGCAGCAACAGGCUGCAGCAGAAGGCUUCAGCCCCCCACCUAACAUCACGGCCCCUGCAGGCAUGGACAACCCAAUGGCAGGACCCCCCAUGAACCAGCCAGGACAGCAGCAGUUCAACUACGGCGGGAACUAUGGAAUGAGCCAGCAGGGGGACCACUCGUUUGUAGGAGCAGGCAGCAGCCCGCCCAGCAACAUGAUGCCAGGUUGUGUGGGAGGGCCUCAGAAUCCCAUGAUGCAACACCACCCCUACAGCAGCCCCAUGUACCAGUCAGCAGACAUGAAAGGCUGGCCACAGGGUGGAAUUCCACGGAACAACUCAUACCCCCAGCAUCAUCAGUUCACCCAGCAGGGGAACCCAGGCCAGUUUGGGGGGCCCAUGAUGAUGAAUGGCUCCAUGGGCGGGCCAGGCCCGGUCAGUAGUGCUGGUGGAGCACAGAUGGGCAUGAACUCCAUGGGAAUGGGCCGGAUGCCAAUGGGACCUGAACAGAAAUAUUGCUGAAAACGUAUGUAGUCUAUAAGAGCCCUCACCAGGAGGUCAGCAAAGACUGCAGUGCCCCACCUAUGUGUCUGCAGUGUGGGUGGAUGAAGGGAUGACUAGGGGUCACCGGACACAGCCCCAAGAUCUUCUCCCUCCAUGGUUUUCCGGUUUGCGCGUGGAGGAUACUCAUAAUAAGCCACAGUGAAACCAACUACACAGUGAGAGACUGGAAUAAAGAUGCACCUCAUACCUAAUGCAGCCUCCCGUUGUAGGCUUGCCCCUCCGUUGUAGGCUUGCCCCUCCGUUGUAGGCUUGCCCCUCCGUUGUAGGCUUGCCCCUCCGUUGUAGGCUUGCCCCUCCGUUGUAGGCUUGCCCCUCUUUGGGUGGUGUGUGUAUGACUUAGUUCAAGAAGAGGCCCUGCUUGUUCUUCCUGUGGGAGUGUCUGCUACACCAGAGGAGGCCGCAUAGUAUGUGUGCUGGGAAACAGAAUCUAUUUGAUACAGGAUGGGAUACGGUACAACUAGCUAUGGCUGCACUUUACCAGAGGGCUUCUAUGUAAAAGGAUUGUUGCAAUAUUUCUUAGUCAUUACAGCCUUACUAGAUUCAAUGCAUUCACAGCAUUGCUUUCUUUUUCUUUUAUCCUUUGGAUAUGCCCCUCUAUUUAAUUAAAAAUAAAUAAAAAAAUUGGGGAGCUGUUAGCGCAGAUUAUUUCUAUAUUAUGCAGAUUCAAGCAAUACAACUUUCUUCAGAUGGAAACGGAGUGUCAAACUCAAGCAAACGGUACUGCAGUAUUAAUGUCAAUUUAUUCUAUGUGAAUAUAAAAUGUAAAUAUGCUACAAAAGUAUCCUACAUGCUUUUUAUAGAUCACUUUUUUUGCACAGAGUAUGAGACUUGGUCAAAUUCUAACUUGUGUAUUUGUCUACAAGGUCAAUACCAUUUUAGUUUGCAGUUUAUUUUAAUGUUUUGGACUGAUGAGUGAGGGUUUCCCACUUUCAACUUUGUCAUUAUCCUCUGAACAUGUUUCUUCUAAGUGAUAACAGCCAUGUGUUUCCUUUUAGAAACACUUUUAUUUGGAUAUAUGGUGCAUUGACAGUUUGGAGCUUUGAAAUUGCAGUGAAUGAAGAAAGGACAGAGUCUCAAAUGAGCAGAGCUUCCUGUCAAGCUGCUGUGUUGGCGUGUCUAUGAGUAUUAUAGAAAGAGGUGGGGUGGCGUUAUUGACUAAGGACUGUUUAUAAAGUAGUUCUUCCUUUCUUUCCUAGCUCUCACUAGUGUGUUAUGUCCUUUGACUGUUACUCUUGACUCCAAGAAAUGUACCUUUAAAUCUUGCGCAAUCCAAAGAUAUUUUUCCAGUUCUUUGUAUGGUUUUUUACAGUGUACAUUUUUAUCUAUGCUUUGUAUAUGCAGACAGUAACUAGGUACAUAUCGUCAUAUUAUAUUGUACUGAUAGCUUAGGGGACUGAGUACUGUUGUUCAGAAGCCAGUGGGUAGCUAACAGUAGCAGUAAUAUGUGGAUGGGUGAUUCAGUGACUAGCGAAACUUUUGCAGUGGCAUGCAACAGAAUGAAAGGCAUAUCAACCUCUUACUUUUUUUUUUCCUGAAAAUAACAUUCUGUUUUGUCCAGUUUAAUUACUUAAGUAAUUUCAUUAUGUAGAAAUGCAAUUAAGUCAAACAAAGGAUUCACCUGGUUAAGUUAAUUUUUGUAGUUUUCCUUUGUUUUACAGGAUGUAUAUUCUGAUGUUUUUAUUCUCGAUGUUGAUAGGGCCAUGCUAUUCUGGAUCCUUGGGACAUCUCUAAGUUAACAUUUCUUAAAAAUGGUUAUGGUUAGUGACAUCCCAAAGGACCUGGCUAGCAUUAACUGAUGUUGAUAUUGAUGUAAAUAGAAAUUUCUAUUUAAACACUCAUGGCUCCAA